ACUACAAUUAUAUAAGGUUUUUAAUUUAGAGUCAGAUGACCGUUAAGGCCCCUGGGCCUCUUAUUUCAAAGUUUACAAGCAGCUUUACUCAUUAAGAAGUAUGUUAUCAAUAAUCUUUCACAAACAUUAAAGAAAUAGGUCAGGGAAAGAACUAUACUGAGCUGUGAGAAAGUUUUCAGCAGAUAAAUAUGUUAUACAUGGUUUAUUUUUAAUAUAUAUACUAUAGAAUAGGAAUAACCAGAUUAAGACAUUUCAUCUCAUAUAAAUGUAUCUGUCUGGUUAUAAAAUCCAAUUUUAUGAUCUCAGACCCUGACGUUUCUCAGGGCCUUUAGCCCUUUGAUAUUGGGUCUGUAGAAUGCUGAGGUGAUUCGCUACCAAGAUUAUUCAAAUGAAUGACCUUGAUCUACAGGGCCACAUGGGUCGAAUAGGCUAACAUUUUUAAACAACUUUUCAAUAACAAAGAGAUCCAGGGACUUCAUAUUGGGCAUAUAGCAUGCUGGGGUGAAGUGCUACUAAAUUAGAUCAAAUGAAUAACCUUGACCUAUAUUCAAGGUCACAGGGAUCAAAUAUGCUAAUAUGUUUAACACGUUUUCUUCUCAAUAACCAAGAGGCCCAAGGACUUGAUAUUGGGCCUGAAGUAUGCUUGGGUUAAGGGCUACCAAGUUGGGUUUUUUUUCAAAUGAACGAGACCUACAUUCAAGGUCACAGGGGUCAAAUAGGCUGAAAUCUUUUAACAUCUCAAUAUCAAAGAGUCCCCGAGGUUUGAUAUUGGGUCUGUAGCAUGCUGGAGUGAAGGACUACCAAUAUCGUUUAAAUGAAUGUUCUUGCCCAUACACUGAUUUUGAACAUUUUUACUACGUUUUAAAACUUCCUCAAAUAGUAUGCACACAGGUAAACAAGCUGAUGAACAUAUGCAUCCCUAGGUAGCACACUACAGUAGGACAGCCUGGCCAUGGGCAGGGUAAGAGAAAAUAUUGUCUCCUUUCGCGAAGUAUUUGUGAUCAAAUUCAAGCUUUUAUAUGUUUGAAUACAUUUGUUGAAUUUAAAUGAAUUAUAGAAAAACAGCUUAAAUCCCCUUAGUAUUACGAAUUAUUUUCUGUGCAAAUUAAAUUACACUUGCUUCCUGGUUUGUACGAGGGGAGGUAACUCUAGAUCUUAUACAUUCAAGUUGAUGCGACAUUGGAAAGUCACGUCGAGCUCUUGGGUUGAUAAAAUAGCCCUUGGCGGUUUUUAGUCUCGGAUUUUCCGAUUAGAAAUCGAUAAGUGAAAUCUCCGAUUGUUUUUACAUUCGUUACUUAAAGUGAAAGAAGAAUACUUCCGAUUAGUUCAUUAUUUCCGAGAAAUAGGCCACACAAAAAUGGCCUUGCUGGUUGAGUUGGUUCAUACAAUUCUCUACCAGCCAUUUUUCACCCAUCACUCCAUAACUUAUACCUUCUACUCAUUUCCCAAUUUUUCUCGUCAGCUGAAAGGCCUUUGUUUAGUAGAUAUAAACUGCAGUGGUCACUAAAAAGACAGACUGAUGCCACAGUUCCUACAAUGUUCCCAUGCCAGAAGCUUGCCUCUACCAGCGCUUGUGUGUGAUACCCUUUACUCAUGCCCCUAACAUGAUACUGCCAGAAGCUUGCCUCUAUAAGCGCUGUGUGACGCCCCUCACUCGUGCCCCUAACAUGAUACUGCCAAAAGCUUUCCUCUACAAGCGCUGUGUGACGCCCCUCACCCGUGCCCCUAACAUGAUACUGCCAGAAGCUUGCCUCUACAAGCGCUGUGUGACGCCCCUCACUCGUGCCCCUAACAUGAUACUGCCAGAAGCUUGCCUCUACAAGCGCUGUGUGACGCCCCUCACCCGUGCCCCUAACAUGAUACUGCCAGAAGCUUGCCUCUACAAGCGCUGUGUGACACCCCUCACUCGUGCCCCUUACAUGAUACUGCCAGAAGCUUGCCUCUACAAGCGCUGUGUGACACCCCUCACUCGUGCCCCUAACAUGAUACUGCCAGAAGCUUGCCUCUACAAGCGCUGUGUGACACCCCUCACUCGUGCCCCUAACAUGAUACUGCCAGAAGCUUGCCUCUACAAGCGCUGUGUGACACCCCUUACUCGUGCCCCUUACAUGAUACUGCCAGAAGCUUGCCUCUACAAGCGCUGUGUGACACCCCUUACUCGUGCCCCUUACAUGAUACUGCCAGAAGCUUGCCUCUACAAGCGCUGUGUGACACCCCUUACUCGUGCCCCUUACAUGAUACUGGUUUAUAUUGGUUAUCGGCCUUUUAUAAGCGAUAUGUUUCUGGUCCUCCUUGAUUUUGUUUCUCCACAAUCCCGUGUAUCUUCUUAAUUCUUUUUCUUCUUAAACUUUUUAACAUAUUGGUUUUGUGCGCCAUGUUUGUCAUAUCUUCAACUAUAAUAAAUUUCCUAGUUGUAUUGUG